AUGGGCGAUGUCCUUGUGGAGAACCCAGCAAACCACAUCCCUCCCCACAAGAGGACCGCGCCUUCAACGAUUCCAAGCAUCGACAACUUCGAGGGCUUGACGGCAGAGGGCGGAGACGACUAUGCCGCGUUAAAGAAGCUCCAGAGGCAACUGGAGUAUAUCCAGCUGCAAGAAGAGUACAUCAAGGAUGAGCAGAGGAGUUUGAAGAGGGAGCUUGUGCGAGCCCAGGAGGAGAUCAAGCGCAUCCAGAGUGUACCGCUGGUCAUUGGCCAGUUUAUGGAGGCUAUCGACCAGAAUACCGGCAUCGUCCAAUCCUCCACAGGCAGCAACUACGUCGUGCGCAUACUCUCGACCCUCGAUCGCGAGAAGCUCAAGCCCUCCUCCUCCGUUGCUCUGCACCGUCACUCCAAUGCUCUUGUCGACAUCCUGCCCCCCGAGGCCGACUCCUCCAUUGCCAUGCUUGGAUCAGAUGAGAAGCCCGACGUGACGUACGCCGAUGUUGGUGGUCUCGACAUGCAGAAACAGGAGAUUCGUGAGGCUGUUGAACUUCCUCUGACGCACUUCGACCUCUACAAGCAGAUUGGUAUCGACCCCCCUCGUGGUGUCCUGCUGUACGGGCCUCCCGGUACCGGCAAGACAAUGCUGGUCAAGGCCGUCGCCAACUCGACAACCGCCAACUUCAUCCGUGUCGUCGGCUCCGAGUUUGUGCAGAAGUACCUCGGUGAAGGUCCGCGCAUGGUCCGCGACGUCUUCCGCAUGGCGCGCGAGAACGCUCCGGCAAUCAUCUUCAUCGACGAGAUCGACGCCAUCGCGACAAAGCGUUUCGACGCCCAGACCGGUGCCGACCGCGAAGUCCAGCGUAUUCUUCUCGAGCUCCUCAACCAGAUGGACGGUUUCGACCAGACCGCCAACGUCAAGGUCAUCAUGGCCACGAACCGCGCCGACACGCUCGACCCCGCCCUGUUGCGUCCCGGUCGUCUCGAUCGCAAGAUUGAGUUCCCUUCGUUGCGCGACCGUCGCGAGCGCCGUCUCAUCUUCUCCACAAUUGCCUCCAAGAUGAGCCUCGCGCCCGAGGUUGAUCUCGACUCCCUCAUUGUCCGCAACGACCCCCUCAGCGGCGCCGUCAUCGCCGCCAUCAUGCAGGAGGCCGGCCUGCGCGCCGUCCGUAAGAACAGGUAUAACAUCAUCCAAAGCGAUCUCGAGGACGCCUACUCCAGCCAGGUCAAGGGCACAGCGGACGACAACAAGUUUGAUUUCUACAAAUAA